AUGGCCUUAUUUUCAGGUUUGCUGCCCAUCUACUUUGGAAGUCUGGGAUUUUGUUACAUCUUGGUAUUCAGUUGUAUGCUCUUUCUUCAAUGGAGGAAACAAAUCCACCAGAAGCAGCGUGCAAAAGCCUGGGUCAAACAGAUGAAGUCAGAAUUGUAUUUCCAACGUGCUUUGGCUCAUAAAGCUGACAAGGAAACCCAGCGUGAAACUAACACAGAAGUUCACAGUCCUGAAUUCAAGAGCAUCACAAAGCCACAAGGCAGCUUCUUGUCUAAUGAGAUUAUUAAUGAAAGCCAGGGUGAUCCCACUCCUCCAUUUCCUGAUCCAGAUCCGUACAAGCCAGUGUUUCAGGAAAUACCUUGUGCCUGUGCUCUCGCACACUUGCCACCCCUGCUCGAGCAUUCAGCCUCUUACCCUUGCUCUAGUAUUCCAGCUGAAAGCACACCAUUCCCCUCUCCUCUGAAAUCUGCCAUGUUGAAAAAUGAAUCACACAGCUUUGGUAGAAGCAUCUCUGCUUAGCAGUAAAUUU